AUGAAAUACUCUACAGCAACCAUUCUCCUUGCCUACUUUGGCCUAACAUCGGCUGUGCCGUAUCAGAAGCGAGAGGUUCCCCAGGAGCAUUCUCAUCAAGCAGUACUUGAUCAAGUCGCGGUUAGUUUGAAACUUGACAAUCCAGAUAAGAUUCAGGACUCGGUGUUUGGACUACUUGGCGAUACAGCAGCUGCCAAAGGAGCAGGUAACAUCAAAAACUUGGAUUGUCUUCAGCGAGCAAUUGCGGAUCAGGCCUUCACCAACGAGAAAAAGGCAGGAAAUGUCGACGGCAUGGCUAACGCUUUGAUUUUUGCCGCUCUUGAAAAGAAUACCGGAGCAGUAGGUAAAGCUAGCAACACCUGUACCGACAAAGCCGUCAACCCAGAGAUUGAUGCCAUCAGUCAACAUCAGGAUCCGGCUGGGGAAGGAGCAGCAGCAGCCAACAAGAAGACAGUUCUUGAUCUAGCAGUGCAGCUCGAAAGUAUUGGAGCUGAUCCUCAGCUUGCAGCUACAUCAGCGACUUUUGCGCCCGGAAAGCUUGGCGAUACAACUGGCGCAGGAAACACGUGUGACGAUCUUGACGACAAGAAAGGAUGCAUCUUCACCAAGAAGUUGAUCCAAGUUGAAGCUACCCCGGAAGAAAUUGACGCCGCUGUCAAAGGAGGCGGUGCAAAGGGAGCCAAGGCAGGCGCAAGUGCAACCAAAGACAAGGCAUCAGACAAGGGCAAAGCAUCUGGUAAAGACGACAAAACCGACGGAGCUUCCGAAGCUGAAGCCGCUGAUGCUACCGACGCAAAGGCAUCUGGAAAAGGUGAAAAAGCUUCAGACAAGGGCAAAGCAUCAGGAAAAGACGCCAAGACCGAGAGCAAUGCCGCAGAUGCUGAAUCUGCUGAAGUUUGUGAAAAAAAAGCAUCAGGUAAAUCUGCCAAAGACGAGAAGGCGUCUGGAAAAGGCGACAAAGCUGAGGGCAAUGCCGAUGCUGCGAAAACCGCCGAUGCCAGCGAUGCUGCAGACGCAAAGGCAUCUGGAAAAGGCGACAAAGCUUCAGAUAAGGGCAAAGCAUCAGGAAAAGAUGCCAAAGCUGAUGGAGAUGCCGGAGCUGCCGAAGCUGAAGCCGCUGAUGCUACCGACGCAAAGGCAUCUGGAAAAGGCGACAAAGCUUCAGACAAGGGCAAAGCAUCAGGAAAAGAUGCCAAAGCCGAUGGAGAUGCCGGAGCUGCCGAAGCUGAAGCCGUUGAUGCUGGUGCCGGUGGAGACUUAGGCUCUUGCGGUACUCCCACUGUUGAAUUCGGCGUGGGCCUUGGAGGACGUCAGGAACCCGCUUUCCAAGCCACCAACCAAAAAGACUUCAAUCAUGGUGCAGCUCUCAAUAUCAAAGUCAUCUCUGACUUCAUUUGCCAAAGGCUACAGGAUAGUUGCAAGGCUUCCGCAGAUACUGUUGAGAAUUGCAACAAGGCCUCAUUAGCUGCUCAAAAGGAGAAGGGACAGAAAUCAGCCGAUGUUUUUAAUGCAGGCGUGACUGGAAAAGCUUAA